AUCUUGUGAAUAUCAGGUGCAGAUGAAUUUCAAUUCGAGUCCGAUGAAUAUACUUGAAGUAUGCGAACACUCCCUUCCUCCCCCUUGCGUCUUGCGCAUGCCCACACAAGAGGGCGGAAGUGACAUGGUACACCAUAGCUACUCGCGGCAGGCUAUGAAAUUCUGAUAUCAGACCCACAGGCUCUCAAGUAACCUUGUGAUGUUGUAUCUUGUGGUGGACCUUUCCUGCACUAGAUCAGGGUGGUAGAGCAGCUGGAUUGGAGUCACCACCUGCAGUUGCUAGAAAACGCAGAGAGACAGACGAAAUGGGACUAACACAGAAGACGCCAGCGAGCCGGAGACAUGAGAUGGAAGAGAUGAGCCAAGAGCAUUUCUUUUGAAGAGAAGCUGGCUGCCUCCACGCGCAACUAAAACAAGUAGAGGAUGGUACUGACCUUGAUUUCCUGCAAGAAGUUGCCCGGAUAAAGGAAGAGAGGGACAAGAGGCUGUUUGUGGCCGAGUCAUUUCGAGUGGUACGAGACUCAGUGUGUGAAGGAAGAGUUUGAGAGGGAGAAAACCCAAGCUGAAACAGAGUUGAGGUAAAGAAAGUGGAGCUGAAGGAGUGUCUGAUGCACGACCAACAGGACAAGAAGAGAGCGUACGAAAACUAUCGGCAUACUGCAGAGCUGAGCACGGGAGGCGGAUUGGAUUCUUUUGAGCCGAAGACGAUGGUGACCCGCAAGCUGCGGCGGCGGCACUACGAGCCUCUCCCCAUGCCGGAGAAGAGACGGAAACUGGCUCCCCUGUCCUCCCUGGUCUACGUCCUCGAUGAGCACGAGGUCGAUGACGACCUCAAGGUCAUCUUCAAGGGGAAAAUCACAGCAAAUCCAAAGUUGCUAACUUCUCCAGUGCCCGUGGCAAAGAAUGACGGUGGCGCAGUGUACGAGGCCAGGAUAGAGGACGGGAAACUGUACUACGAGAACAGAGCGUUUCAUAAGGGGCAGCACAUUUUCAUUGACUCUAAAGAGCAUGGACAAGAAAGUGGUAUCAUUUCAUCCGUGGGCCAGAGCGAGGUAUGUUUCCAGAACCCUUGUUGUGUCUACAGGUACUGUAUGAGUCCCUAUUCUUACAGCCGUACAGAAUAUUUCUCCCGAUCACACGUUUUCUCUUCCCCUCUAGAUAUGGGUAAAGAGGUUGCCCGACAACUCGAAGCUGAGGAUCUACGUGACUCAGUUAGUCAGAGGAAAAUACGUCCUCAAGCGAAGGAGUGCUUGACUUUUUGUUCAUUUAUGUUCUGUGUUCUGUGUGUAAACUCAUCUGUUUAUUCUCUUCCUUCAUCUAUCACUAAGUAUGGUAUCUAGUAUGAAUUACAUUCUGGUGG